AUGGCAACUCAGCGAAGAGGCCGCGCUUGCGAUGCCUGCCAUAUCAUCAAAAUCAAAUGUGAGCUCGGCGCCUCCUCAGCCAGCUCACCACCCUGCGAGCGGUGUCUCCGCCUGGGCAAAUCAUGUUUUGUCUCUGCGCCUGUACGAAAGAAAGACAGGAUAGCGGAGCUGGAAUCUCAACUGGAGGAGAUGACCAGGUUGCUGAGAUUGCAGGAGAUGGGGGAUGAUGGUGUGGGGGUUGGUGGAAUUGUGAAUGGAGGAAAGCAAUCACCGAUGCCUAGGACGCCUGUGAGUUUGAAUACGGGGACGAGGACGCCGGAGUUGGGAGUCGUCGCGGGAAGAGGGGGGAGAAACAGAGGAAACAAGAAGAGGAGGUUGUCGGGUGAUAAUGAUGAAGGACGAGAUGUGUUGAUUGAGAGCAAUGAACGUGCUGGGGAUGGCGUGUUGGAGGUCGAUCACGUGGUGUCGAGGGAGAUGCAAAGGUCAUUGUUGGACAAGUACCAGAACGAGAUAGAGCCUGUGUUUCCUUUUGCAGUACGGCAUGGAUAUGAUACUCUGCGGGAACGACAUCCGUUGUUGUUGCAGGCUGUUAUUUUUGCUGCUUGUCCUGGCGUGUUACAGGGAGAGGUGCAAGAGGAAGUUACCGCGAUUGUUGUAAAGCUUGUUUCUCCGGACGAGGUUGAGAAAAUGGAGAAGACACUCGAAAUACUUCAAGCCAUUCUCAUGAUCUCAUUUUGGUAUCGACCACCAAAGAACCAAGUCCAUGUUGCCAUUGACAGGAAUCUCAACUUAGCCCUUGACGUCGCCCAAGAACUCGGAAUUUCAAACACUGAAUGUGCACUUGGUAUCGCAUCGUUAGAACCCAACGACAAGAUCAACUCCUCUGAAGCUUGGCGGACAUGGAAUCUCUGCUACCUGCUUGCCUCAAGUCUAGGUGGCUGCAUGAGGUUUCCCCCAAAAGUAUCAUGGAGCGUCGAUAUGGAGAUGAAGCUCUCCUCCUUAGAAUACGGCCGAGAUGCCGUACACACCGACACACUACUCUGCCAAUUCGUCCGCGCAGAAAGACUCUGCGAACAGAUCGCCGUCGAAGCCGGCUACAGCACCUCAGACCCAACCCUCGAAGUCACAGACCACAUCAAAAUCCGCCACAUCCAAAACCUCAUCAUCGACCGCAAAGCCCAACUCUUCUCCUCCAACAGCACACCCGCGCUACGACUCUACGAAAACAUCGCCACCCUCUACCUCUACGAAUGCAUCCUCCACACCCCCACCAACAAACGCUCCUUCGCCGCCCCCUACGUCGCCGAGCGCCUCUCCCUCACCGACUUCCCCGCCCCAAUCGUAACACCAGACCACAUCCCCUUCCUCUACGGCCUCCGCGACGCCUGCCACACCGCCCUCAACGCCGUCCUCGCCCUGGAUUACAGAGACAUAGCGUUCGCUCCCUUGGUCACAUUCGCCGCCAAAGCCUUCUACGCGCAGUGGCUACUCAUCAAACUCUACGUCGCAGUCACAGCAUUGGGCAACACCUACGGGGCAUUCAUCGAUGCGCAGAGUCUACAGAUAGAGCACUAUCUCUGCCGGAUUGGAGAGGUGGGCGAUAGGAUCUGUGCGAUGGAUCCGGAUCAUAUGGGUGGGAAGGGGUUGCAGUUGAGCUCGAAGAAGAUUAGGGAGUGGGUGGUAAAUUGUGAUGCGUUGAGGGCGGAGGAGGAAUUGAAGAGUUUCCCGCCGGCGCCGGCGCCGGUGAUGGAGAUGCAGAUGCCGAUAGGUGGUGUGCAGAUUGGGGGUGCGAUGCAGUUUGGGAUGCAGGGUGAGCUGGAUUGGAGUGUGGUUGAUUAUGGGAUGCCGCAGUUUGAGUAUGGGCUGGAGGAUUUGUUUGGUGUGCCGAUUGUCUGA